AUGGAGCUCAAUAUUGUCUCAAAAGAAAUAAUCAAGCCAUCCUCACAAACUCACAAUCUGAAACGUUACAACCUCUGCCUUUUCGAUCAGCUCAUCCCUAAUACUUAUCUCUCCAUCAUUCUCUUCUACCCUAUCCACAAUGAUCCCAAAGACCUCACCACAGACCAUUCCAAAGCCAUAACCCAACUGAAGAAAUCCUUGUCAGAGACACUCACAUUGUACUACCCACUUUCUGGGAAAACCAAAAAUAAUCUAUACGUAGAUGAAUUCUCCACUGGUGUGAUUUUCAUAGAAGCCAAAGUCAAAUGUCAAAUGUCUGAGUUGUUCCAAGGAGAAAAUGAGUUACAGAACCAACUAGUCCCAUUUCAACCCUUUUCCCAUGAAAAAACAGAGGACUACGUUCCCAUAAUUGCCUUCCAAUUGAACAUAUUCUCUUGUGGAGGAAUUGCACUCGGCAUUUCCUUGGGUCACAAGAAUAACGACAUUGCAAUGCUAAGCAAUUUUCUCAAAUCUUGGUCGGCUAUCUCCACUGGUUCACCUGAGAAAGUAAUAAAGCCUGAUCUUUCUUCCCCUGCUAUUUACUUUCCUCCCCGAACAAAUGAUGAUGAUGAUGAUGAUUUUCUCAGCAAGUACACAUCUUUGAUGGAUCGUUUAUGGUUCAGCGAAGGAGAUUAUGUUACAAAGAGGUUUGUUUUCCCAGCCAAGUCCAUUGAAACUCUUAAACAAAAGGCGAAAAGCGAACGCGUUCCGAACCCGUCUCGCAACUUGGCAAUCUCGUGUUUGAUAUGGAAACACGCGAUGGCGGCUUCUUGGGCUGUGUUUGGAUCCCCUAAGGCAUCCAUUGCUGGGCAAGCGGUGAACAUGAGACCCCGAAUGAAGCCUAAACUGGAUGGAGCUGUUGGAAACUUUUUCUGGUGGUCAAUGGCAUCUUAUGAUCCCAACGAUUAUAAUAAUGAAGUGGAGUUAAGUGAGUUGGUGGUACAGAUGAAAGAAUCAAUAACGACAGGACUUUUUGAUGAAGAUUAUCUUUCUCAACUGAUGAUGAUGGCCAAUAACAAAGAGGGGCUGGUGAGUGAGGUUGAGAAUCAGCUAGAGAUUAUGAGUUGCAUUGAAUUAGAAAAUAAUGCUGAUAUAUUUGUGUUCACUAAUUGGAAAGAUUUCUUUGGGGAAGUUGAUUUUGGGUUUGGGAAACCGUUGAGCGUAGGAAGCAUAGGAAAGGUUGGCCCUGCUUUUAGGAAUUUGGUCAUCUUAGUUGAUGCUGAUCAAUGGGGUAAAGGCUCAGUCGAUGCAUUUAUUACCUUAAAAGCCAAAGAAAUGACUCUCCUCCGAAGUGAUGAAGCCUUUUUACAUUUUACAUUUCAGAAUCCUGCCAAAUAA